AUGGACAAGAUCGUAGCGCAGUACAGCCGCCCUGCCUAUCAACAGACCGAGCUCUUCGACGAGCUCGAACAGCAGGAUCUGGUCACCACCAAUCCGCCUCUGUCGCUCAAGUUUGCCAUGCCUCCUGUCACUCACCCUUCAGCUUGGCUCCGCGCGGUCACCGACGACCGCUCGAACCCGUCCUGCCCCAUCAAGAUCGCGCACGGCACCACGACCCUCGCUUUCCGUUUCAAAGAGGGCAUCAUCGUUGCGACCGACUCGCGCGCCACGGCGGGUAACUGGAUCGCCUCGCAGACGGUGAAAAAGGUCAUCGAAAUCAACUCCGAGCUCCUCGGCACCAUGGCCGGCGGCGCCGCCGACUGCCAGUACUGGCUCGCGUGGCUGGGCAUGCAGUGCCGGCUUCAUGAGCUGAGGCAUAAGAGGCGGAUUUCGGUCGCCGCGGCGUCGAAGAUUCUGGCGAAUCUGGUGUAUCAGUAUAAGGGGAUGGGGUUGAGCAUGGGAACGAUGUGCGCUGGUGUGACUAAAGAGGAGGGGCCGGCGUUGUAUUAUAUUGACUCGGAUGGGACGCGGUUGGCAGGGAAUCUGUUCUGUGUUGGGUCGGGCCAGACGUUUGCGUAUGGUGUGCUGGAUGCGGAGUAUAGGUACGAUCUGACAACGGAGGAGGCGCUGGAUCUGGCCAGCAGGAGUAUCCUUGCCGCGACACACCGUGAUGCGUAUAGCGGUGGCUAUAUCAACUUGUACCAUGUCAAGGAGAGCGGGUGGGUAAAGCAUGGGUUUACCGAUACGAACCCGGUGUUUUGGAAGACGAAGUUGGAGAAGGGGGAGUUUAGCAAUGUUACAAGCGAGUUUUAG